AUGAAUAAUUUAAGUGAGGCUUUUAACUCAUCCAUAUUACCUGCAAGGAACAAGCCUGUGUUGAUUACAUUGGAGAUGAUUAGAAUGUAUUUAAUGAUCUUAAUGGCUCCAAGGAGAGUAGCCAUGGAUAAGUGGCAUGGUCAAGUUGGGCCUAGAAUACAAGGGGUAUUGGAGGUAAAUAAGGCAGUUGGGCAGUGGUGCAUUCCAAGGCAUGCUAGGAAAAAUAAAUUCCAAGUUAUGCAUCACAGUGGGAGACAGUUUGUGGUAGAUUUGAAUGCCCACACAUGCUUUUGCAGAGCAUGGGAUCUCAGUGGUCUUCCUUGCCUCCAUGCUUGUGCUGCAGUGAGUAGAUUCCAUGGGAAUCCAGAAGAUUAUGUGCAUGACUUCUACAAGAAAGAUGCUUAUCUAAGAACUUACAGGGACAUGAUUCACCCCUUGCCUAGCCAAGACUUGUGGCCUAAAAGUGGUUUACUUCCUUUGAAGCCUCCUCUUUACCAUAAACAACCUGAUAGGCCAAAGAAGAGUAGGAAGAAGGCACAUGAUGAGCCUAAAAAGAAAUCAAAUCCCAACAAACUCCAAAGAUACCACAUUGUCAUCAAGUGUAGCAAUUGUGGGCAAGAGGGCCAUAACAUAACUAAAUGUAAGGAGCCAAUGAAAAACCAGCCAAGGCGUAAGCAAUCUGUGAGGAGAGCUCGUUCAAAUUGUCACUCAAUGGAACCUAAUGCACAGCCAAGCCAAUCAACUCAUCUUUCACAACCAAGCCAAUCAACUCAUCUUUCACAGCCAAGUCAAUCAUCCCGAGCUCAAUCACAGUCACUGCAUGCCCACAUCAUUUCUGAUAAAGAGGGAGGUCCUUCAAAGAAGAGGUUGACAUCUGCUGCAAACAACAAGGAGUGGCUAAAGAAAGUCAGGGCCACUAUGCAACCUUAG